AUGAAAGAACCAGUUCCAUUAUCUAGAAAACUUGGAAAGAAACCAAAAUGGUAUUUUGCGGACGAUAAGCUUUCUCGGCUUCCAUCUAAAAUGUCUAUUGAUUCGGCUGCUGAACUUAAAUAUAGAAGACAAACUGCAGAAUUUAUUCAGGAAAUGGCUGAACGGUUGAAUCACAACAUUCCACAUCACAGAGGACAGCUGGCAAAGUGCAUCGCUUCAACAAGAAGACAAUUGCUUGGUUGCAUUUAUUUGGCUUGUAGAUGUGCAGAUUAUGAAGUGUGA